CAUCUUAAGCACUCAUAACUCAUAAAGGCAUCAGGCAUUUCAAACUAAGUACUGCAAUAUUUGAGACAUUAACUUUAAACCAUGUCAGGAAUUGCGGUAGUCUUGUGCUUUCUUUUAUACUUAUUGAUAAUAACUAACUUGACAGUUUGUCAUACAGUUGUGAAACGAAAGGCCCCAGAAGGCCAGUUGUAUGUAUUCUCUGAAGUCAAAGGGUGCGUGUCAGUGGAAAGCGAAGAGCCUUGUCCACUAACAUGGCAGUUGAAUCCAUUUCUAGCCAAAGUUUACAGGCAACAAAGCGAGGUGAUGAACACAACGAUAAAGUUUCUCCAAAACAGCGCAGUAAAUGACAGGUGCAUACAGUUAUACAAAAAUACUAGUUGCUCUCAAUUGACACCACGUUGCUCGGCUGACGGCAUUCGAAACUACGAGGAUAAAAUGACGACAUGUCAGAGCCUUCACAAUUCCUGUCCAAAAAUUCGUGUAAACUGCCAUCGUCUUAAAACGGGCAAGUAUCCAAGCUUGCGGUGUUUAUCACCACCGACUUCUAUCAAGGGAGUCUGUUCUCCGCCAAAGUUUAAGAUGCCGGACGAGAUCCUAAAGAGUUACGAACAAAAAUCUGAGAACCUUGUCAGUGUUUUAAAUACAUUGGAGAAUUUGAAGUACAGCGACACUGGGAAAAAAGUGCUUUCAAGCAAAUGUCUAUCACAGUUAAAGGAUAUAAAUUGUUCCCCAAUCUACUGCUCAGCUAACGAAAGCCUGUUGUUGAUAAAACACGACCAAGACGAUUGCAAGAAUCUCGUCGACAAAUGCUUCAAAGAAUUUUUUUCCAAAGCUUCAAAUAGUAUAUUACCAGAUGAGCGCAGACAGGCAAAGGCGAUCAGAAAAAACUUUCUGUCGAAUUGCAAGACCUUCCCGCUCGCUGGGGCUGAGCUGGUGCCUGAACCAUCUGCAGGAAAUUGGCUGAACAGUGCUGGUCGUUCCAUUGCGUUGAUUGCUGCGUGUUUUCUCGUCAAAUCUUUUCUCUGAAGAUGAACUUGAAUUACAUUAUCAUAGCCAUAGGUCAGUGCAUAAGACGUUUCUGAGAUUAGUGAGAUAUGUGCAUAAUGUUAUGUGAUUUAGACCCUUGUAGCAUUAUAUUAUAUUAUUCAUAGAAUGAAAUAGUUUCUUGUUGUCAAUAUUAUAGAGACAACCUGUGCGAACAAACUGU